UUCUUCAUCGCUCAGAUUCGAGUAAGAGAAAUUUCAAACCCUAAAAGUUACCCUUUUCAUAUUUUGGGUUUUUCUCAUUCGAUCUUGACCUGUGUUUUCAUCGCCGGCGCGUGGAACCUUCAACCGCGCGUGAAUCAUCCAACGGCGCGUGGCCUUUACUUCACCGCUGACUUAUGCUUUGUUCGAGCCGCAUUUGGAAAUUCAUGCCGGAAUUUCGCCGGAGUCUUAUCAGACGGCCUUGAUUUUACACUUCCAUGGCUUCCGCUGUUCUAUCCAACCGGAACGAACCUAAUUGGCCACAACAUAGAAGCAGUGGAGCAGGAUUCAUGGGGAAAACACCUUUCUCUAACUCUAACCCUAACCCUAACUUCAAACCUAAAUUAGGAAACAGCAAGAGGACGCAAUCAGCUUCCGAUGAUGCUUCUUCCAUCAACCGCAGAACGAAUGAUUUGAAUCACUCUCAACACGUGACCUUUAACGUGGCGUCGUACUCGAAGAAUGAGCUGAGCGAACUCAAGCAUCGUCUUGCUUCAGAGCUUGAGCAGAUUCGUAAUCUUAAGAAUCGAAUUGAGUCCGGUGAGUUUCAUCCUCAGAGGAAAUCGACGAGCAAGAAGGUUUCUGGUAACAAGCGUCCCGUGCAGCUGAUUCCGACAAAGGAUUUUAAGCGAUCAAGUUCAGAGAUUGAGGGAUUGAUGAAGGGUUGCGGACAGGUUUUGCAGAAACUGAUGAAAACCAAACAGGCAUAUUACUUCAAUGCUCCGGUCGAUGUUGUGGGAAUGAAUCUUCAUGAUUACUACGAUAUAAUCAAGCGACCAAUGGAUCUAGGUACAGUGAAGUCGAAUCUCUUGAAGAACAUUUAUGCAACGCCAGCUGAAUUUGCUUUUGAUGUGAGAUUAGCAUUCAACAAUGCACUGACUUAUAACCCUAAAGGCCACGUUGUGAACACAGCUGCAGAACAGCUUUUAGCUAGGUUUGAAAAACUUUAUGGUCCAUUACAUCGGAAAUAUGAAGAAUGUCUAAAUCAUGAUCACCAUUUCGAAGAGGAAUUGCAAGCUAGUUCUUGGAACCAUGUUGAGCCACCAGAAAGGGUUAAGAAGAAGAGGGAGAAUCCGAAUACAGUUCCUCCUGCAGAAUACCACCAUCCAGAGCCACCUCAGCCCCUUGCAAGUUCUUCCAAACCUCCCGUGGAACAACCUCCAAUGAUGCAGUCUCCAGUGCGAAUGCGCACACCGUCGCCAUUGCAAGUCACUCCAGUGAAACCUUUGAAGCAGCCAAAACCAAAGGCCAGGGACCCUAACAAAAGGGAUAUGAAUCUUGAGGAGAAACAGAAAUUGGGAAUUGGCUUGCAGAGUUUGCCAUCAGAGAAAAUGGAACAGGUUGUACAGAUCAUUAGGAAGAGGAAUGGGCAUUUGGAGCAGGAUGGCGAUGAGAUUGAGCUUGAUAUUGAGGCUGUUGACACUGAGACUCUAUGGGAACUUGAUCGAUUAGUGACUAACUGGAAGAAGACUAUGAGCAAGAUCAAGCGGCAAGCACUAAUGGACAAUGUGAAUAACAAUGUGGCUUCAAACAAUGACAAUGGGCAAGUACCUGCUAGUGAGAAGGUUGAUGAAGUGCCACCUGUUGAGGCAAAGAAGUCAAAGAAAGCUGAAGCAGGGGAUGAGGAUGUUGACAUUGGGGAUGAUAUGCCAAUGAGUGUGUUUCCCCCUGUGGAGAUUGAGAAAGAUAAAGAUGUUGUCGUUGGAGGCCGUGCAAGUAGUAGUUCGAGUAGCUCAAGCAGUUCAGGCAGUGAUUCCUCUUCAUCUAGUGAUUCAGAUUCAGGGAGUUCCUCUGGGAGUGAUUCUGAAGCAGACAAUGGGCACUUAUAGCAAGAUGUGGCUUUAGAAACUAAUAAGUGUGUAGGCAGAUGAAGAGUGUUUUUUGAAGGUCUCAGUGAUCUUCAGGCGUUGUGAUCAUUGUUUGUUGGUUCAGUUUGGGAGCAGAUUAUGGUGCUCGAGGAGUCGUGGUGUGAUGAUGUAAAAAUGAAAGGCAAGUGAAUCAACGCAAAUUGUAGGCCAGAAAGUAGACUGAAAGAUUAGGAAUAGAAUGGACUAGUGUUUUUUUGUUUCUAGUUUAACUUGUACACAUAUUAAAGUAAAUAGAUGACUCAUCUUAUUUUAAAAAGUCAUUUGUGCAUUUGUUUA